UAAUCCAGUGUAGGAAUGAUGAUGAUGAUGGGGAGGAGUGACAAGAGAGGGAGGAGGCUAGUGAAUGUUCAUCUCUCAGCAGUGCCUUAUAGUGACAGCCAUAGACUGCGGGCUCACCUCACAGCACACACACAGCCUCCUGCAGCUGCUCCUGCCCCCCAGCCCAUCACUCUUAUUCCCGGGAGACACCAUCACAGGCUGUACAAGCAGCAACGCCGCAGCACCAUGAGCAAGAAAAUGAAAAGAGGCUGCGAUUGUAAAAGGAUUCUGAGGAACAACUGGCUGCUCAUCGCCACUGUCGUGUCUGUCGUCUUAGGUAUUGGGCUGGGAGUGUUGGUUCGGGAAUAUGGCAAGCUUUCUAAUCUGGACAAGAUCUAUUUUGCUUUUCCAGGAGAGAUUCUGAUGAGAAUGCUUAAACUCAUCAUUUUGCCAUUAAUUGUGUCAAGUAUGAUCACAGGUGUUGCUGCCCUGGACUCCAGUGUUUCAGGAAAAAUUGGCCUGCGAGCUAUUGUGUAUUAUUUCUGCACCACUGUUAUAGCUGUUAUUUUAGGCAUUGUAUUGGUGGUGAGUAUCAAGCCGGGGGUGUCCCAGAGUGCUGAUGAAAUUGACAGGACAGGCAGCACACCAGAAGUCACUACAGUGGAUGCACUAUUGGACCUGCUAAGAAAUAUGUUCCCAGAAAACUUAGUCCAAGCCUGCUUCCAACAGUACAAAACCAAGCGGGAAGAGCUUAAGCCAUCAAAGGAGCCUGACAAGAACAGCACUGUAGAAGGGAACUACACAAUCGAUUUGGCUCUAUUGGCAUUGGCUGAUCAACAGCCACAGAACAAAUCAAAAGAAUAUAAAAUAGUCGGCCUAUACACCGAUGGAGUGAAUGUACUUGGUCUCAUCGUCUUUUGCCUCGUUUUUGGAAUUGUGAUUGGGAAAAUGGGAGAGAAGGGACAAGUAUUGGUGGAUUUUUUCAAUGCCUUAAAUGAUGCUACAAUGCAGAUAGUUCAGAUCAUCAUGUGGUACAUGCCAGUGGGUAUCUUAUUUCUGAUUGCUGGAAAGAUUAUUGAAGUUAAUGACUGGGAAAUUUUUCGGAAGCUUGGCCUGUAUAUGGCAACAGUUCUCAGUGGACUUGCAAUCCAUUCCAUUGUCAUUCUCCCACUGAUCUACCUUGUAAUAGUGAGAAAGAACCCCUUCCGCUUCGCAAUGGGCAUGGCCCAGGCCCUACUUACUGCACUCAUGAUAUCAUCAAGUUCAGCUACCUUGCCUGUUACCUUCCGCUGUGCCGAAGAGAAAAACCGCGUGGACAAAAGAAUCACCAGAUUUGUUUUACCAGUGGGAGCCACAAUUAACAUGGAUGGAACAGCCCUGUACGAAGCAGUAGCCGCUGUAUUUAUUGCACAACUUAACGACAUGAAUCUUGAUGUUGGUCAGAUAGUCACUAUAAGUGUAACUGCUACAGCAGCAAGUGUGGGAGCAGCAGGAGUACCGCAGGCCGGAUUGGUAACCAUGGUGAUUGUCCUCAGUGCUGUGGGGCUGCCGGCCGAGGAUGUUACACUUAUCAUAGCAGUUGACUGGCUUCUGGACCGGUUUAGAACAAUGGUUAAUGUGCUUGGAGACGCCUUUGGGACAGGCAUUGUUGAGAAACUCUCCAAAAGAGAACUUGAGCUAAUGGAUGUAACAUCUGAAGUAAAUAUCGCCAACCCAUUCGCCAUUGAGCCAACUGUACUAGAGAACGAGGAUGACGGUGAUGUCAAAAAAUCCUAUGUGAAUGGAGGCUUUGCUGUUGAUAAAUCAGAUGCCAUAUCUUUUACCCAGACAUCACAGUUUUGAGUCUGUUAUGAUUGACUGGUGUACUGAAGCUUUAAGGAAUAUAGAGCGGGACAGAAUGAAACAAUAAAAAGAAACAGAAGAGCACUGAGAGGAUGAACCUGGAAAAUGCAAGAAUUUCCAACAUACCUGCCCUUUCCAUCUUGGGAUUCAAUUGUUCUGCUCUGUGUAAGCAGGUUAAAUGGAAUCAGCAUCUGUGUAAUAUGUUGCCUAUUGUUUCUAAGCUGUGCCAUCCCACCAGCAAGGUUUUGGAAUGUUUGCUUAGAGUUAGCAUGUUCAUAGUCUGGAUGUUCAUACGGAAGCCAGUAAGAUCAUUCUUAUUGUUUUCGCUCUUCCCAAGCACAGCGUCAGACCAUUUUUAAAGAUGUCCUCUCAAUUGAGUUCUGUACAGCAGUUUGCCUUUCAUGUUUUUUAGACUAUAACAAUGAUCUUUAUAUUGUGCCAAACAAUUUCUUUUACUUUCUUGACUGGCUGGAAUGCACUGAGAAUAUGAAAAAGAAUCGUUAAUUUUGUGAAGUCUUCCAAAGCAUUUUUAUUUGACAGAAGAUAAUAAUUAAGCUUCCUUUAGUAACAGAAUCACAACACAAUUAUGUGCACUUGUAGAACCCAAGAGUAAAGUGCUGAUAGCACAGGGUUUACAUGACUUACUGACGUAUUGGAUCAUAAAGAUCAUAAACCAGCAUCAUUUUAUGGUUAUUGUAUGGCCUUCCUAGUUAACAUGUAAAAUAAAGUAGGAGAAUAUGGCUGAUUUUAUAGGUGGAAAAAUAUAUGGUACUCCCAUGACUUCAGCAAUAGUGUAUAGCAUCUUUGCAAACGGAAAAAGGACAUGUAUCUACACAGCCAAGCAUGUUCAAUUGAAAAAUAUAUAUACAUUGAAUGUAUAGUUCUUAUACACUGAGCUACAUUAGCAUUAGGCACUUUAAAUCAUCUGGCUGGGUUAAUACCUCUGAAAAGUAUAGGAGAUGUGAACUAUUCAAAUAUUUUUCCUUCCUCACUUAUGCUAUUCGCAAAUAUGUGAAGGUCCAAUGUAUUAUAAAGGAGCAGAGCAGGGUUGUUUCUGUCUGUGGUUUAAAUAGAAAAAAAUCCAAUCUGCAGUUAUCUGUUCUGAAGAGAGUCUUAAUACAUAGCUGUGGUUAUAGAUUGGUGAAAACUUUUUUCAGUUUAGUUGUUUUCAGAUUGUUCACCAGAAAUAAAGUCAUUUAUCAAUUACUUACUAUUUUAUAGGUGUGACUGUUUUUCUAAUAUUGAAG